GAUAUGGGUAUGGAUGAUAAACCGAUGAAGGAAGGGAAGGAGAGGUUGGGUGGGGGACAAGGCGGUAGUGGUGUUACUGGUGUACAAGAAGAAGCAAACCAAGAAGAAGCAAAGAGCCCGUUUUACGUCUCCCUCCAGCGUUCCCCUAUGUCGAUACGAACUCCUCUUUUACACGUCGCCGGUGCCAUGCACGCACCAAGGCAACGUCCUCCUUUUCUCCUUCCCCAAAUGGAAUGGUACAGCGUUCCUCCCACUGGGAACCUCAUCACCUCACCCACCACUCCCAUUCAGAUACUGCCCGCAUCCUCAUUCUCAUUUAAACAAUUCAAUUCCUGCUCUUCUUUUCAAGAACAGGCUUCAGUAGACUUCUUUUUGACAAAUGUUGGAGUGAGGGAGAGCACAUUUCGCCCGACUCGCCCCUUUCCCAUUGCGACGUCCGGUGGUGUCCGACGGCAGCCGGCGACGGAGAGGUAAGUGGUUUUAAUUUUCCGAUGGUAGAACUUAGGUCUAGGGUUGGGGUUUUUCAUUAGGGUUUUGGAUUUUUCGAUUUGGGGGUUUUUUCCGUCGUUCUUCAUCCUAAUCUCUUCUUCUAUGCCCUAUGGACAUUUUCUGAUUUGGGGGUUUAUGCCGAUUUGGGGGUUUUUGUCGAUUUGGGGGUUUCUCUACUGUUUUUGCCGAUUUGAGUGUGAUUUUUCAUUUUUGUGUAAAUGGAGAAUUUGUUGUAUGCUUGUAUUGUUUUAUUCCUUUAAAUUUAUGUUCAUUAUACCAGAUUUGGGGGUAGAGAUAAAGAGAUUGAAAGGAAAAAAAACAAAUGAUGGAAUAUGUGGAAGUUGAUGAUCUUAGAAACCAAAUGCAGUCCAUGAGGAACCUGUUGCAGGAAAAAGAAAUUGAGCUGGACGACAUGGAUCAACUGCCUCUUAACCAAAGAGCGGAUUGCAAAUGAUGAAUUACAGGAGGCUCGAAAAGAAAUGAUAGUUGGUUUUGAUGAGUUAUUUAGCAAUCGUGCUCAUAUUAGAGUUAGACGAAUGGGUGAGCUUGAUUUGAAGGCCUUCAAAGAGGAAUGCAAGAAAAAGUAUCCUGAGGAUUAUGAAACCAAAGCAGCGGAAAUAGCCUCUUCAUGGGAUGUUUUAUUGCGAGACCCAAGUUGGUUCCCCUUCAAAGUGGUCCAAGAGGGAGACAGUUGUAAGGAAAUCAUAAACGAAGACGACGAAAAGUUAAAAGAGCUGAAAGCCGAAUGGGGUGAAGGCAUAUAUGAAGCCGUGGUGACUGCCCUUAAGGAGCUUAAUGAAUACAAUGCAAGUGGAAGGUAUCCUGUUAAAGAACUUUGGAACUUCAAAGCUGGAAGAAAAGCCAGCUUGAAGGAAGCCGCCCAGCACCUCAUCAAGUCCUACAAGUUGCGUAAGCGCAAGAGAGGAGAGUGCUUAGAACUUUCUUUUAUAGUUGCCAAAAGAUAGGCUCCUGCUCUUUUUGAGCACGAUCUAAAGGGGUUAUGCCUCCCUAUAUCGAUGUUAGUGCAGCUGCAAUUUUCAUUAAUUUUCUUUUACACAGUGUGCUUAUCCAACAUUGCAAAGUUCAUUGUUUGGUUAUUUUGGACCAUGUAUAACUUUAAUUAUGCUCCUUUGAAGACUCAAUGGCAUAAGCAUUCCAUUGU